AUGUUUCAGGAGGAAAUGGUGCUCUCUGCUGUUGAGAUGGCCGAGAAACUGGCUUCUCACACUAUGCCGUCGGGAUUCAUUCUCGUCAAGAUGCCAGCGACUGAGCUGAAGGAGGACGUUUUGUCCAUCCGAAUGGAGACCCUGGACGUAGCGCGAGGCCCUCUAGUGGUGCGCAGUUUGACGAUAUAUCAAGAUCUGCGGUACCAAAUGCAUGUGUCUGGCCGAGAAUUGUCUACCUCCGCCACGGCCCACUUGGUAAGGAACACAGAACGAUUUCAAACCACGUCGGAAGUGCUGAACGUGCUGGCGUUUCUAAAGGCGCAGCCUCUAGAAGAGUGCACAAUGACAUCCUGCCUGGAACUGCUGCAGAAGCUGGCUGAGGACGACACAACCGACUGCAGAGUCUUCAGUGUGUUCGCUGUCGAGCAGCUCCGACUGAGGACCUGUCCCAGAACCGCCCGCAAGUACAGCCCAUCACUCCUCGGAACAGCUGUCAUCUGGAGCCGGACAAGUCCCCAGCUAUAUGAAGAACUCCGAAACUCUGGACUCUUCAUCUUACCGCACCGGUCCACACUAAGGAGACUUACGUCUGCACUCAGUGUCCAGGAAGGCCUUGAAAUCGGUACGAUGAAGUACCUGCAGAUGAGGAACGCGAAGCUGACGCCAAGAGAGAGGAUAGUAAAUCUCGCUAUGGACGAAGUCUACUGCGCCCCAACGCUGGAGCUCGCCGGCGGAAGACUGCAUGGGGAAUCAAGUGAUGGCUCUGGAAAAGCGACCACAACGCUUUUCUGUACCCACAUUUCAUCUGUCGCUGGCAGAUACGAGGAUCUGGUCACGAUGUCACCAGUGGCGCACGUCACAACGCAGGAAAUGGUGAAGAUGUUCUUCAACGUAGUGAAAGGCCUCACGGAGCUCGGAUUUCGUGUGGUCUCUGUCACCACCGACGGACAUCGCACAAAUCAAAGCUUCCACCGAGCGCUCGGAGAUGGCACCCACCCCGAGUACAUCGUGAACCCGUGGAGCAGUGAUGGGCUGGGAAGAAUCUACACGAUGUUCGAUACAGUCCAUCUGUUCAAGAACAUCUUCUUUAACUUGUUGAACAAGAAGACUCUUCUCUGCCCGCCGUUCGAAAAGACCGGAGCUGCCCUAACGGUGAAAUCUUUUCACCUUGAGAAGCUUCACAGAAUGGAGUUCGGCUCUCCAGUGAAGAUGGCCUAUCGUCUCUCCGAUAAAGUCCUCAACCCGACGAGCAUAGAGCGCGUGAACGUGAAGCUGGCAGACUCCGCCACCCACGAGACCACCAUAGCAGGGCUCAUGGUGUACAGUAAGGAGCCUGGGUGCGACGGAUUCGCAGACACUGCCGAGUUCCUGAAGAUAGUAAGGACUUGGUUCAACAUUGUGAACGUGAAGUCGCCAUACAAGCACGUGGCCAAAAGGGACGAUUUACUCAAGCCCAUCUGCCUGGAGAAUGAAGACUAG